UCAGUUGGUGUUGUUCAGUGAACAUCGGCCGGAAUAGAAGCGUCUUGAGACAGACGGUUCAGAGUCCUUCGGAGAGGGGGGCGGGGAGCGUCUGUCAAUAUGGCUUUGCAGGGCCCCGAGGAGCUCGGGGAGCAGGUCGAGGAACCAGAGGACCUGGACGACCAGGACGCCAGCAGCGUCUCCCCGGCCGAGGAGAUGACGCUGCCGGCCGGGCCCGGAGGAGAAGAAGAGUCGGAGGAGCCGAUCCUGCUGCCCUGGGACCGCUUCUCCGCCUGGCUGCACUGCAUCUGCGUCGUCGGCUUCGACCUGGAGCUGGGACAGGCGGUGGAGGUUAUUUAUCCCCAUCAUUCCAAGCUGUCGGAGAAAGAGAAAACCAGCAUCUGCUACCUGUCCUUUCCUGACUCCAAUUCGGGUUGCCUUGGAGACACCCAGUUCUGUUUCCGCUUCCGUCAGGGUUCCAACAGGAAGUCAUCACUGGGCUGCUUCCUGGAUGCAGCUGACAGAGAUGCCCCCGUCUGUCUCAAGAGGGACCAGGGCCAUUACUACGGUUACGUAUAUUUCCGUCAGGUUCGGGACAAGUCUUUGAAAAGAGGCUACUUCCAGAAGUCUCUGGUGCUCAUCAGCAGGCUGCCCUACGUGACCUUCUUCCACUCCCUGCUGAAGAUCAUGGCUCCAGAAUACUUCGAGAAACAAGAGCCCUGCCUCGAGGCUGCUUGUAAUGACAUAGACCGCUGGCCAACACCCCAUCCUGGUCGAAUCCUCACCUUGCCCAUCAUGGGGGUGGUCAUCAAGGUUCGCAUCCCAACCUGUUAUGACAAACCAGGAACCUCACAGCUGGUCCAGUCUGCACAGAGUGACAGUCUGGUGUCCAUAGUCCUCCCGACCAUCCACGAAGUGGACCUGUUCAGAUGUUUCUGUCCAGUUUUCUUCCACAUCCAGAUGUUGUGGGAGUUGGUGUUGCUGGGGGAGGCGCUGGUCGUCAUGGCGCCAUCGCCAGCCGAGUCAUCUGAAACGGUCUUGGCGUUGGUCGGCUGUGUAGCUCCCCUGCGGUACUGCAGCGAUUUCCGGCCUUACUUCACCAUCCAUGACAGUGAGUUUAAGGAGUACACCACCAGGACGCAGGCUCCGCCGUCAGUCAUUCUUGGAGUGACCAAUCCUUUCUUUGCUAAAACGCUGCAGCACUGGCCACACAUUGUGCGAAUCGGAGACAUGAAGCAAGCAGGAGAGAUGACCAAGCAGAUGAAAGUCAAGAAACUAAAGAACCUAAAAACUCUGGACUCUAAACCUGGUGUGUACAGUGCAUACAAGCCGUUCCUUAACAAAGAUGAAGACAUCAUCAAACAGCUUCAGAAGGGUGUGCAGCAGAAGAGGCCGUCAGCUGCCCAGAAUGCAAUUCUCAGGCGCUACUUCCUCGAACUGACUCAGAGCUUCAUUAUUCCACUGGAGCGUUACGUCGUUAGUUUGAUGCCCUUACAGAAGUCCAUCUCUCCGUGGAAGAGUCCGCCUCAGCUGCGGCCCUUCCUGCAGAGUGACUUCAUGAAGAGUUUAGAGCGGGCAGGGCCACAGCUCACCUCCCGCCUCAAAGGAGACUGGAUAGGACUGUACAGGCAGUUCCUCAAGUCUCCCAACUUUGACGGCUGGUUCCGCAACAGGAGGAGAGAGAUGACCCACAAACUAGAGGCCCUCCACCUGGAGGCCCUGUGUGAGGAGGAUCUCCAGCAGAGGAUUCAGAGCCAUACAGAAGUAGAGACAGUGGACCUGGUUCUGAAGCUAAAGGAUAAACUGAGCCAGGCGGAGAGAGAGCAGCUCCCGGUGCGUCCAGGGACCCUGACCAAACUCAGGGCCCACAUCGAAGGCGUCAUCCUGGCCUUACCGGAGGACCUGCAGGGCAUCCUCCACAAACCCGCCACACCGUGACCUUUAACCGCCACGGGCCUGAGCCCUGGAAAGCUCGUGGUCACAGGUGUAGUUCAAGUGGGUCCCUGCACGAGCCGGGCCCCGAGGAGGAGAGAGGACAUGUUCUCUGUUUGGGUCUCAGGAUAGGGAGGAGAGGGACCUCACAGCCCACAUACACAGAGAUUCUUAACACCGGUCCAUUCUUCUGGAUCUUCACGAGACGAGCGUUGGUCAGCACAGAAUUACCCCCCCCCCCCCCCCAGAACUGGUCUCAACAGAAGCUCAGUGGUUUCAUUCCCACCUCAUCCCUGGUGUCUGUUCCAUCAUCAGCCAUCGAGGAGCAACGCCCCCUGUGGUCUGCGGUCCGGACACGGCCCUUCACAAACACUUUGUGAUGCGGGGGUGUUUGUGUUUUUGAUGGAGUUACAUUUUUGCCUUACGUUUGUUUUAAAUAAUU